AUGAAAAAAUCAACGCGCAAAAAAAAAAAAAAAAAAAAAAAAAAAGGAAGAAGCAACCCCAACUCGUGGUUGGAUCUUCAACUUAGACUAUAUAUCACCACCCCUAUGAAUCUUGAACAAUACCUAUAUCAUAUAGAAAGGAGUCACUUAUUCCUAUCCAUAGAUGAUACUAAGCAAGCCAAAAAGGAAUGUUUGCAAGCAGUGAAAAUUUUAAAUACAGUGGCUAAAGAUUCGAAAGAUCUUCCCCAUUUAAAGACCAUAUCUCAAGUCACUCUCAACUACUAUGAUUCAAUUGACAAGGAGCCCAGGAAUGUGUCAGACAAACUAAAAUGGAUAGUGUCUAAGACAACACCAGAGAAUUUUUUUCCACCACUUAUUCGAUUUAAUGAUGUAAGCUCCAACCAUGAAUUGUUUAUUGACAACGAAUCCGAAUUCAAUGAUCCUGACCAGAUUCUUCGGCAAUUACCUAAAGAAGAAGCAUUGUAUAAAUCUCGAGAAAUUCUAAACUGGGGUAACAACUAUAGUGAUUUAACUAAUCUUUAUCAAGAUAUUUUACCGAAUUGCUCAUUUGUGUCGUCGUUCUUAGCAAUUGCCGACAAUAAGAUUCCCAUUAUAGAUAUCAUUAGUCCUCAUAAGAAAUCCAACAAAUAUAAAGUACAGCUUUAUUUUAAUGGAACGAUUAGAUGUGUAACCAUCGAUUCGAAAUUACCUAUCAUGCCGAAUUCCAGAAACUUGAUUAUAAAAUCAUCAACGGAUCCAAACUUGUAUUGGCCAGCAUUAAUUGAAAAAGCGUUUUUGAAAAUAAUGGGGAAAGGUUAUGUUUUCAAUGGUUCAAAUAUGGCAAACGAUGCAUAUUUAUUGAGUGGAUGGUUACCACAAAUUAUUAAAAUAGUCAAUGGGAAACUACCAGAUAAUAUGGGUGAUUUAUGGGAAUUCAAAUUACAAGGCAAGGUUACCUUGGGUAUAGGUACUGGUUCAUUAAGUAAGAAACUAAGUACACUGUUGCAUUUAAUUAAUGAGCAUGAUUAUAUGAUUGAAAAAUAUCACCCCAAGGAUGGUUCUAUAACUGUGAAAAACCCAUGGUUGGAUCAGAAAAGCCAGAGGCUUAUAAAUGUCAAAGAUUUUACAUAUUUUCGUUACUUGUAUGUUAAUUGGAAACCUGAUGAUAUUACGUGUCAGCAGAAUUUUUUGUAUGACGUGAAACCAUACUGUUUUAACCAACCACAGUUCACAAUAACAAAUGUUGAAGAGUCCUGGUUGUUGUUGGAAAGACAUUUACCAGAGGAGAAACAAUGGAUGGAUAUCAAUGUUUUUGAUACAGCACAUAAAGUGAUAUCGCCAAUGCAAUACAAAAAAUAUCUAUCUGUUGAAACAAAUAAUCGAUUGCAAUUAAUCAAACUCAAGCCAGGAAUAUUUACAAUUGUUAUAUCGUCGAACGUUCCAGGUAAAUUCACAUUAACUUCGUUUGGAGGUAAAUUCACAAAACUGAAAUUUGAGCACGAGAAUUUUAAAACCAUAGAUGGUGAUUGGAACUGUGAUACUAAUGGAGGUAAUUGGGCUAUGUCAACUUAUAUUAACAAUCCACAAUAUGACAUUGUUAUCAAAGAACCUACUAAAUUGAUUACUGGAAUGUAUGGAAAAGGUCAAAUAAAUUUUCACUUAUUCCAUAGUGACAGAAAAGUCGGUCAACGAUUACGUACUUUUGAUAAAACCAAGUUGGAAAACUAUCAGAACUAUAAUUCCUCUUUUCAAUUUCAAAGUUAUCGUCUAUCACCUGGAAACUACAAACUAGUUGCCUCUGAAUAUGAACGAGGCAAUGGUGAUUUUCAAUUGGUAUUCAAUUCAAAUAAUCCUGUUGAAAUUAUAAAAAUUCCCCAAAGUUUAGGAUUAUAUACUACCAAGACAUCAUUUCAUUGGGAGAAUACAAACAGAUACAAAUUUUAUUUUGAUACCACCAAUUAUAACACCCAGGUCACAUUCCAUAUCAAUUAUUUCAAUACUGAAACUGAGGAUUAUGAGCUUCAAAACAAUUAUCGACCUGCUAUCAGGGCAUCAAUUUUUCAUAGUCGAACUAAGCAACCAAUUCAGAUAAACGAAGAUUUCAAUGACUGUUUAUAUGGUAUAUUUGUGGAUGAAUUAUUACAUGAACCAGGUGAGUAUAUCCUUCUUAUUGAAAGAUUUGAAAUUGGGUAUGGUAGAUGUACCAUUGACAUUGGUUCAAGUUAUAAAGUACAAAUCAAAGCAACAUAG